GAAAGGCCACCAGUCAUGUCAGGCAUUGCAUUGAGCCGGCUUGCUCAGGAGCGCAAAGCGUGGCGGAAAGACCACCCUUUCGUGAGUAGCAGUGUGUAGUUCCAGACUUUUUUAAUUUCUAAUGGUACACAUAAACAUGUUUUCUGACCAAACAGAUGUAUUUUAUUGUUUUACCUUUUAUUUAACUAUAAUGGGGAUCGGGGGAAGUGUUCUAUUUAUUCAAGAGUUUUGAAAUGUAGGUUUAUUUUUUUUGUUGCGUAAUCUCACUCUGUUUUACUGUUUGAUCUAAGGGCUUUGUGGCUGUGCCGAUGAAAAACCCAGAUGGAACAAUGAACUUGAUGAACUGGGAAUGUGCCAUUCCUGGGAAGAAGGGGGUAAGUACAGCCAUUUAUCUACGCAGCCAAUACAGUUUCAAAUGGGAGGUGCUCAGUGACUUUGUUUAUAGCACUCCACCUGUUUGUAGUAGGUAGUUGAUCAUUGCAAGAAAUGUUUUUGCACCUGAAUGUGUUGUAGUUACAUGCACCAACACUAUGAAGUGGACAUCUUGUAUGAAACCAAAGAAUGCUAGGAUGGGUCAUAGCUCAUCCUUGAUUAUUCAUAGUCUGCAAGUGUUUGUGAUCAAUUCUAAACACUUAUGACUCAUCCCCAGACCCCAUGGGAAGGAGGCUUGUUCAAACUGCGGAUGCUGUUCAAGGAUGACUAUCCUUCCUCGCCCCCAAAGUGUGAGUUUCGUUUGAACCAUUCUUCUGUUUUUUUUUUUAUUAGGAUCCCCAUUAGCUGUUCCUCAUGCAGCAGCUAUUCUUUCUGAGGUCCACACAAAACAUGACAAUACAGAACAUUGGAAACAACUCAGUUUUCGGGCCCAAUACUUGAAACAUGCAUCCUUCCCUCUUCCUUGACGUAAUCACUGAUCUGACACCAAUUUGAUAGGUGAAAGCUAGGGUGUUUUCACCACACCAAUUGAAUCAGAUCAGGUGAUCACAAAGGUAUGAAGGAUGUAUUGGAACAGACCUUAGAACUAAUCUCACUACCUAAUUUUAACUUUACUGAUUUUGUUUUAUAGGUAAAUUUGAGCCUCCGCUCUUCCAUCCUAAUGUGUAUCCGUCAGGCACAGUAUGCCUAUCCAUUCUAGAGGAGGACAAGGACUGGAGACCCGCCAUCACCAUCAAGCAGGUUAGGAUAUACUGGUGAUCGACUUAUAAACUAUAGCCACCAAAUGGCUAUGCCCAACUAAUGUGAUCUUUAUGUAUUGUCAUUUCGUACAGAUCCUAUUAGGAAUACAGGAACUCUUAAAUGAGCCAAAUAUCCAGGAUCCAGCCCAAGCAGAGGCAUACACAAUUUACUGGUGAGUUCUGCUAGUGUCGAAGGAAUGCAUUCCCGUUUGCCGUCUCGUUUUUGGAUAGAUUCUGAUGUUUCUGUUGUUUUACUAAACCCCUCUUUUUGUUUUCAGCCAAAACAGAGUAGAAUAUGAAAAAAGAGUUCGAGCACAGGCCAAAAAAUUCUCCCCUUCGUAAGGGUGAAGGCUCGGCUUCGGCAGAAGGAAUGGGUCAAACGCGGCUCACCUCCCCUAUGUUUCUCAAAUGAAUGUGCCCCUCUCACAUCAGGACUUGCUUAUAAGGACUUCUAUUUAAAACUCUGACACAUUGGGUGCCAUCCUCUUUUUUCCCCUAUCACCUACCCCUUUUUUUGUUCUUAACCUCUGGGUUGGCAUGUGGCAGGCGCUGGGAGGAAAUGGGUGCCUUAGCACCCCGGCCGCUUCCUUUUUAGCCGUAUUACUUGUCUUGUGGUGCGAGGGACAGCGCACAGUACCGGUUUCGUCAUCGACUCAAAAUAAGCCUAUUUUGAGGAAGAGAACGUCUUGGUUGUCUUUGUUUGUUUUUUGUUACAUUUUCCUUAAACUCCUCCCCUCUUGUAUUUUCCUUGAUUUUAAUUAUGUAAAAUUAGCUAUUUACUUAUGUCAGUAUUUCAACUGCUGUAUAAUGAGUGGCACUUUUAUACUGUAUCUCACUAGUUUCUCUAGAGUGCUCUGUCUGAUUCUCUUAUGCAGGUUUUCUAUUCAGCAUGCUGUAAUAUAAAAUAAUCUGCUGCCUUGGCUGUCUUUUUUGUUGUUAUUUGGAGUGUUUGCUGCAAUGUAAAAAAAAUAAAAAUAUUAUGGCCUCGUCAACUCAGAAAGGCAGGUAGGCUUACUUCUGUAUCAAACUCUUUUAUGGUUAUAGGGUGCUUUGUUCAUGUACGUGUUAGAGUAAAUAAACAGUUUCUAUAAAGCCAUUGUUACACUUUCUG